AUGGAGAACGCAUCUUCUGAUGCUGCUAGCUUUACCAAUAAGCUGAAUAGCCAAAAUGAAGGCGAAGAAUUCCAGAAAGAUUUUUGGCUACGAUUCAAAAUCGUCCCAGUCGUCAUCUUGACACUGGUCACUCUCAUCGGCAACGGACUGGUCAUCGUUAUGUUUGUCCGUUCCAAGCAAUUACGCAAAUGCAAAAACAUUUACAUCGUCAGUCUGGCAAUGGCGGACUUCCUGAUCGGCUGUACGAUGCCCAUUUAUAUUCUGGAAGAAAUCGGCGUCCCCUUGUGGACACUGCGCGGCUCUCUCUGUCGCGUCUUCCUAAUGUUCCGGUACUCGCUUUUCUACAUCUCCUUACUGAGCAUCAUGUUGAUCUCUGUCGAUCGAUGGUGGUCGAUAAACCACCCGUUCUCGUACAGAGUGAGACAAAGCCGCAAACUCGCCCUCUGGUCUGUUCUCUGCUGUUGGUUGCUGAGUUUCGCCAUAUACGCGCCACCAAUUCUUGGCUGGGAAGAAGUGGUCGGAAACGGUGCCAACGAAGACGUCGUUGCUCCCUCAACCACCACGACCGUUACGUCUUCAGCAUCGGUAACCCUCGAUCUCUUGGUACCGGGAUCAACUUCUGAAUCUGCUCCAGUUGUGUCCGUUACCACCUGUCGGGCUCCGUUUGAAAACAACUUGGUUUUCAUUUUGUUGACGGCCAUUAUCCUUUACCUAUUGCCUUUACUGUCUUUGUGGAUCAUGAACGCCAGCAUUUACUUUAAAAUCAGUCAGCGAAAAGGCAUGAAAAUUCGACGCUCACUUAGCACUUCGGACACCUUCUUCCUCAACUAUCGCAAAUCGUCAUCCGAAUCGGACAACAUGGGUCAGUUUGACGAAUUCAUUGACAACAUGCUGCCGGCUGUCUACCGAAAAGCCGGGAACGUCGUACCGACAGCAAACAGUGCCGCCCCGCCAAUAUUCCACGAGGACAAACGAAAUUCGCUUUUCAUGCCAGGCCCUUUAUCGAUGCGCCGAAAUCCUCUUUGCCAAUACGUGUCAACAACACCUUCGUUUGCACAAUACGCACGAAUUACUCAAAACAAGCGACACGUCUCCUUUGAUGCCAACGGUAUGAUUAUGCCAGGUUUUAAACAGAAACGCUUAUCUAGUUUCAUCCUCACUAAAGGCGGCAGCACCAGCAGCAACAGCAGCAGCAGCAGCAACAGCAGCAGCUGCAGUAUGAGAAACGGACUGGCUUUUCGUCGCCAAAGUGAUGACCUCGUUAAGGAUAUGUUUGUCAAGCAAGACAAAAAAGCCGCCUGCUCGUUAGGAUUUCUCGUCUUGGUUUUUACCCUUUGCUGGACACCGCACACUGUCUGCAGCAUCCUAAAAUCAGCCUACGGCAGCUGGUACAUUCCGUCUAUCUUAGUAACGGUCAGCUAUUGCAUUCUGGCUACCAACUCUGCAAUUAACCCUUUUCUCUAUGGACUCUGCAACAGCGAUUUCCGUAAAGCGUUCCGCUCUUGGUGUCGAGGACGGAAAUCCAAACAGAGGCGCUUCGAGGAAGCACUCUUAUAUUACGGCCUUCCUCAGGUCUACGAACCGGAGAUUAUUCCAGAGCAAAGCACGUCGACGCCGACAAGGGACCCGAAGAAGAUACCUUGA